CGACAAUGGAGAAUAAUGGCGAAGAAAAACCGUUCCCCGUGUUUGACGGGAUGAGUGUACCGCCUUUUCCUCAUUUAAUCGAAGAUGCUGAAAAAAGGUUUAAAGAAAUAAGAAAUUUAGAAUGUAGAAAGGAUGACAUCAUACUGGCUACCUAUCCAAAGUCAGGAACGCACUGGAUAUGGGAAAUCGUCUGCAUGAUCCUCAAAAAGAAAGCCGAAUACAUGAAAGAAACCAAAGAAUUUCAGUUUUUGGAAGCUCUACCGGACAUGAGCAUAGUUAAUAAUCUUGCCUCUCCAAGACCACUGAACACGCAUGUACCUUACAGGUGGUUACCAAAGCAGCAUAUAGAAAAUGGCGGAAAGAUUGUCCAUGUUCUGAGAAAUCCUAAAGAUGUUGCCGUGUCGAUGUAUUAUCAUGUUAAAAGAUUGCAUGGGGGUUCAAUGGUCUUCAACACAUUCUAUGAAAAGAUAUUCGUAGGUCCAGUUCAGCAUAUGGGAGGUUGGUUUUCGUACGAAAAAGAAUUUGAAAGAGCAGAAGCGGCGGACAAACAAGGUGCAAUUUUUACAGUGCACUAUGAAAGUAUGAAAAAGAAUCCAACAGAUGAAACCAAAAGACUAGCCAACUUUUUAAAUGUGGAUUUGACUGACGAAGUUAUAGAUGAAAUAGUAGAUAAAUGUAGCUUCAGAAAAUUAAAAGAAGCCACUGAGUCAGUGAAAGACCUUCCAAAAUUUUCAAAUAGAUCUCCUGACAAGAUGAAGCAACUGAUGACGAAAAUGUAUAGAAAAGGGAUGGGGGAGGAAGAAACAAACAGAGAGGAAAAGAAGGGGGAGGAGGAGACUCGGGAGAGAGAAGAAGAGACUUACGAGAGGGAUCAGAUGGAAAGUGGCA